ACGACGGAUCCAGUAUCGAAGGGGCCCCCUCCGCGGAGGUGAUUCAGCUCGGCCGCUGUGCAGGUGCCCUCUCGUAUGUACACUCGACAAGGCGAGCAGAUGUUUUGGACAAUCACGAAAAGUGGGUCUGGAGAAAGUCUAACACUUGUUCUUGAUUGGAUCGAUUCUGGCCGCGCUCGUUGUAUGAGGAAAUGGCACAGCGGCAGUGUCUUCUUCUGUGGAAGCGGCUGCGGGGACGCCAGCAGCAGCAGCCUAGCAACAAAUGCGAGCGCGGCCAAAAUAUAGUUGACCAAAACCAUUCCGUAAGAUAAUGACGGCAAGAACACCAGCAAGCAACACUCUGCAACGUUGACGUUCAUAUAUACGCGUUUCAUCCUCUCCCCUUUGUCGUUCUUUCUCUUCGUGAGCGCACCCGUGAUUCAAGAGGAUACUAGCUAGGAAGAAACAGCAGCAGCAGAAGCAAGCAAGCAAGCAAAGAUGGUCCGCCGCUCCUGCUGCAUCCCAGGGGUCGUCCUGUCCUUCCUGGGUAUGGCCCUUCUUCUGCUCUGCACCGUCUCGACGCCGCUCGCAUGGGGCUCCAACUCGAACAUCGGCUUCGUCCAGAGCGGUGACCUGCUCAACGACGCGGGCGAGGGACUGAUCGACUACACGGACGGCUCCAACACAAACCGCCAGAUCCAGUAUAUCACCUUUGGCACGUAUGGGUACUGCACAAAGGGAGUCGGAGAGUCGAGCUACCGCUUUUGCAACAACCUGGGCAGCGCGUACGCGGUUUACCUUCGCCCUUCGGGGAAUGAAACGACAGCAGCGUACUCACAAACCGAGAUCAAGUCCUCCUGGACACGAGGUCUGGUCCUGCACAUUGUUGCCUUUGUCAUCGCUGUCAUCGCGCUCGUUCUCGCGUGCGUGCCGAACAUGAUGAUCCUCCUCAUCUCCAGCUUGGCCCAUCUCCUCGCAGCGCUGUUCGCACUCAUCGCGUUCAUUAUCGACAUUGUCCUCUUUGUCUACUCGCGCAACCGCAUUCAGCAAGUCGCCCCUGGCGCUAGCGUCUACCCAUGGAUAGGCUUUUACUGUGCACUCAUCUCCAUCCCGCUGCUGGUACUCGCCGGCAUCACCGUCUGCUGUGGUCGUCGCGAAAAGGGCGACGACUUCACGGCCAGCUCAUCCAAGCGCUCUGGCAUCGAUUUCGGCGGCAUGUUCAAGCGCAAGAACAGGGCUGACGUCAAUGAGGGCGGCGUGCUGCUCAGUUCUCGCCAGAAAGUCCUCGAGGCGUUUGAAGAUAGCAGGGCAUGAGUGCGUUUACACAUUCGGGGAACCGCAACAUCUCUUCUCUCCUUGUUGCAAGCACGACAUUAUCACCUGGACACAACUUCAAAAUCGGACAUUUGCUCUCGCCCCCCUCUCGUUUUUUGCUCCCAUUCAUGCUUGGGUCGUCUUUCUUUCUUUUCUUUGUUGCCUACCUUGGCUGUCAAGCCUUCAUUCCGGCAAGACGUUCUACCUGCGUUCUGACCGGCCAUACUAGAGGGCGCCCAACUACAUGUUCCCCCAUUCCAAAUGCAAGUGAACGUUAAAUUCCACUCCUGUCUGUUGCAUACAUCGCGUGUUGGUUGCAGCCGCUCGAUGAAGCGGCAAUGCCGAGUCCAUGUGCCGCCGUGGACUGUUGUCCACAAAGCUCAUCUGUAAGCUGCGAGUAUGGACUCGCCUGAUGGACAUGUACCUUCCAUUUUGGGCCUUCCAGUAAAACAAAGCGGCCUGCCAGCCAGCCUGUGGG